GGAGGUACAAGAUGCAGCUGAUGUUGUGACACAAUCUUCUGUAUUUGAUACAGAUUAUAUUAACAGUCAUCUGAACAGUGUAAUAGGUGCUCUAACAAAGAUAAUGAACUGCAAAAUUGGUGAAUGUGAUGAAGCUGAUCAUGCCCGUCAUCAUAUGUUUGUAAAGAACCCUGCAGAUAUGUAUGACAAAUACAUUAAACAGUAUUUCUUUGGAAGAAAAUUUUUAAGUUCUCAGGAACAAGAACAUCUACAAACAGUUCUCCAAGAAGAAAUGUUCUGCAGCAAACCUUUGCCUGGAUCCAUUUUCACUCGAUAUAGAACCUUCCAAACUCUUGAAAAUGAAGAAUUGGAAAGUAUCCUUAUAGACAGUCCACUAAUGGCAGUUCACUAUUUCUCAUUCAUUCUACUGAAAGAAGCAAUGGUUUAUCUGAUCUGUAAUAAAACAGGACCGCCUUAUGAAGAGGCUGAUGCAAGAUGUUCAUCAACAGAGUGUUCAGUAAAGGAUUUCCAUCUAUAA